AUGAUUGAUUCAAAAUCCCGCGUUCUUGAAACUCCAACGCGGGUUCGUUCACGACCAUCCACCCCUGGAGCUUCGUUUCUUCAUACAACUUCAUUGAGUUGUCCCACCAAAUAUUCUGCAGACACAAGAGAAGAAAAUAAAAGUCUCACACCAAAUGCCUCAGCUUCAUCUUCACCUUCUCCGGUGAAAAUUCGCAAAAUCGGAGAACCAGAGCGUGCAUUGAGGUCUAAAACGUCAUUGACACUUUCAAUCCCAGAGGAAGAGUCAUUUGGUCAACCUAGUAUCGACUUACCUGGCUUGAAUAUAGCCCGUGAUUUUGGAUGUGGAUUGAGUGCUGGAUCAAGGACAUCAAGAAUCGAAGAGAGAAGAUCUGUUGCUUUUGUGGAUGAAACCAGAGAGACUGGCGAAAAGGACUUUGAGGGUGCGAAUCUUGAUGCUCAUAACCGGCGGAUUGGAGACAAGGGACUUGGAUCGGGGCCAAUGAGAGAUGAAGCGGAGGCAACGAAGCAAAGGAGUAUCUCCGAGAUGCUUGAGCGACGGGAAGACGACGAGGAAGACAAAUGCAAUAGAUACUUUGGUCGCUUUGGGAAGGGUUUGGGACAUCUUACUGUGAAAUGUUCUUGUUUUUAA